GAACAGUCAAAUAACAGCAGGUGGGGCAACACUUUAGUUUGAGCCUUUUCAAGGGUCCGUCGUUUGGAGGGAAAGGGGUUUGCUUCCACGUUUUGCCAUCUGCUAUGUUCUCAGCUUGAGAGUGUCAUCCAAAGAUAGAACAUGGCUGGUUGGAAGCAAGUAACAUUACUUUCAGCAGUCUUUUUCACUAUCACGUUGGCUGGUGAUUUUAUUGUCACGGAAAUAGACAGUGGGGGGCGUGAGUUUAUGCUGAUGUUCAUGGAAAACCGAGUCGAAAACCCGAACAGUUUUAAUCUGGAGCUCUUUAUCACACCGGUGGAUUCCAACACCCUACCUUUACGAAAUGUUAGCGUGGCACUUCAUCAGAUUUUUCAAAGCAGUUCCUCAAAUCAAGUUGUUACAUUCUCAUCCAACACGGUGGGUCACAUGCUCAUACCAGCCGAGUUCAGAAUGCCACGCGAUUCGUCAUUAUCUAAUAGAGGUGUCCAUAUAGAAGCCUCAGAAGAUGUGGUUAUUUAUGGGGUUAACAAAGAGGAGUUCUCCACCGACGGGUUUUUAGCUAUACCAUCUGAUGCCGUUGGUCAGGAAUAUUACACGGUGUCUUACGCCCCACCAACGUACACGUGCGAAUUUGGUCUUGCUGCUUUAGAAGAUGGCACCGUGGUUACGGUAACGUUUCCCCAGCGCCAAGGAACUGGACAAUCCAUUGGAGUCAACUUUUUAGGUCAAGUCUACACAAAUGGCGACUCUUUCAAUAUUACAAUGAACAAACAUCAUACUCUUCAAAUUCAAAGCGGGAAUCAAGCCGAUUUGACUGGAACCCACAUCAUGUCAACGAAGAAAAUAUCUGUAUUCAGCGGUAACGCGAGAACUAGUGUCAAUGGCGUCUCUCGCGAUCAUCUGGUGGAGCAGCUCCCACCUGUUGAAUCUUGGGGUAAAAACUUCUCAAUAGUUCCAAUUCCGGAUCGACCGACCGGAGAUCUCAUUAAAAUUAUCGGUGGUUCUGCCAACACUAUUGUUGGCAUAACCAACACCAGUGGUACUUUCCUCCACAAUAUUGCACGCGCCGGUGACUUUUACCAAACCAUCAUAUCCGGGAAUUCCUAUGUCUUUGCCACCAAACCAAUUUUGGUGACACAAAUUGUGUACAGCCAGACGAGCAAUGCUGAUUUGGCCGAUCCGUCCAUGAUCAUUGUCCCGCCGAUGGAGCAAUAUGACUCCAAGUACCAAUUUUCUCUACCGCAGGCUGCGCGGGGCACUUACGUCAACCAAUUUUUGGUCACCAUUCGCCAAGACCAAACUGCUGGGUUGCUGAUUAAUGGCAAAACGCUCCAGGCGUUCGGAAUAACUAACAUUGACUGGAAGCCCAUUCCUGGGACACCAUAUAUGGGGACCGACUUCAAUAUCCCAAGCUCGUCUGCAUCGUUUGAGCUUUCCCACACUAGUGGUAGUGUAACUUUCAUGGGUGUCCUGUACGGAGCAGGUGACAAAGAAAGCUAUGGGUUUCCACUGGGGAUGCGACUCGUGACCCUCAACCCAAUACCUACUACCCCAAGCCCUGUUGUCAUUGUUGGUGCCACCGGACCCACAGGGCCUGCUGGAGCCACAGGGGCCGCUGGACCCACGGGACCCACAGGCCUUCAAGGUGGCCCUGGCCCUGUGGGACCUACAGGACCAUCAGGUGCUGCUGGAGUUGCAGGACCAACUGGUGCAGCCGGACCCACGGGACAAAGUGGUAACCCAGGUGUACAAGGAAUGACUGGAAAUGCUGGCCCUAAAGGUGAGAAAGGUCGGGCAGGAGCUACAGGGCCGCCUGGCCUGGCAGGGCUCAACGGAAUGACUGGACCAAAGGGAAUUCAAGGUCCAACUGGUCCUCGAGGCACUAAUGGAAGGCCAGGGCCGACGGGAGCUAUAGGUAAUACUGGUCCAGUUGGACAAACCGGACAAACAGGGGCACUUGGUGCUACAGGUCGUGUUGGCCAAACCGGCCCAAGGGGCGAAACUGGACAAGUCGGAAACACCGGCCCACGAGGUGCAAGCGGCCCUACUGGUGCUAAAGGUGAUGAAGGUAUAGGAAUUCAAGGACGAACCGGUCCCACUGGCCAGACUGGACUGAACGGAGUGGCUGGAAGGAUUGGGCCUACUGGUGCCACAGGACAGCGGGGGCAGACUGGAGCUGUCGGUGCUCAGGGGAGAACGGGACCAACUGGAUCCACCGGUGCGCGGGGUGUCGCUGGACAGACGGGUGCUGUUGGUCAGACAGGUCGCCAAGGUAAUUCUGGUCCAACAGGUUCAGUCGGUGCCACUGGACCUAAAGGGGAGAGAGGUAUGAUUGGAGUAACGGGAGCAACUGGACAAAAAGGUGCCAUUGGCCAAACAGGGUUAACAGGAAUGGCAGGUCCAACUGGCGCACAGGGUGUAACUGGGAAUACCGGGCAAACCGGACCAAACGGCCCCGUUGGAUCAACUGGAGCACAGGGAAACACAGGUCCGGUCGGCAGAACAGGAGCAACAGGACAAAAAGGCAACCAAGGCAGUCAAGGUGUCACUGGCCCAUUUGGUAGGACUGGAGCCACAGGACCCACUGGCGCACAGGGGAGAACUGGGGAGAAAGGCCAAAAGGGGGCACAAGGUGUUUCUGGUGUGGUUGGACCCACAGGGAGCACUGGCGCACAAGGAGAUGUUGGUGCAUCUGGACCGACCGGGGCCGCAGGACAAAAAGGUCAAAAGGGAACACAAGGUAUACAGGGCGUUAGUGGCCCUGAGGGAAGAACUGGUUCUACUGGCCAUCAAGGUGCUGUAGGAUCUACAGGUGCUCAAGGAAGUUCUGGACCGACUGGCCGGACCGGGAGCAUGGGGUCAUCAGGUCCUCAAGGACGAACCGGACAGACUGGAAUAACUGGCGCUUCUGGACCUACAGGAGCAAAAGGCAUGAUUGGUGCGUCAGGCCCCACUGGAACUACAGGACCCAAAGGCCAAAAGGGAACUCAGGGUGUUUCUGGAAUAACUGGACGGGCUGGUCCUACUGGUGCAAAAGGGGCGAAAGGGCAACAAGGAGUAAGUGGUUUAACCGGGGCCAUGGGACCCACUGGAAUGAGAGGACAACAAGGAGCGUCUGGUAUCACAGGUUCAGCAGGUCCAACUGGUCAGAGAGGCAUGCAAGGGAUCCAAGGACAGACCGGUGUUCCUGGACGGACAGGGCCAGUUGGAAGCACAGGACCCAUGGGUAGAGUAGGGAUACAGGGGUUGACAGGAUCAACAGGAGCUCAAGGUAAUUCCGGGCCCACAGGACCAGUUGGACCAACAGGUGCUAAAGGUGUCCAAGGUAACUCUGGUAUAAGAGGAAGACUGGGACCUACUGGCCCAGAUGGUCCCACAGGCAGCCAGGGGCAGAGUGGGCUAACCGGCAGAACAGGAUCCACUGGACCGCAAGGUAUAACUGGUAAUGCUGGACCAACUGGAGCACAAGGUACAACGGGCGGUAAAGGUGUAAAGGGUGUCCCUGGAUUAACGGGAAGAACGGGCGCUACAGGGCCCACUGGUGCGGUUGGUGCGACGGGCGCCCAAGGGCCUACUGGACCAAUUGGACGCACAGGGGCAACAGGACCCACAGGAAUGAAGGGAAUGAAAGGUGAACAGGGUAUAUCAGGACAACGUGGACUUAUUGGGCCGACUGGCGGCACUGGAGAGAAAGGAGCCAAGGGAAUUAAAGGUGUAGUUGGAAACACGGGCGCUUCUGGACAGACAGGAGCUGAAGGCCCAACUGGCAGACAAGGAACGACAGGAACAGUCGGUCCCACAGGUCAAACUGGUGCUCAAGGUGCAGUUGGGAAUACUGGGCCAGUGGGUAGGACGGGUAGCACAGGACCAACAGGCGCAAACGGUCUCACAGGUGCACAGGGUCAGUCCGGUGUAACUGGUGCUACAGGCAACACUGGACCAGUUGGGAACACUGGUCAAACAGGUCCAGUAGGAGCAACCGGCGCAAGGGGUGCGAAUGGCUUAACUGGAUCUGUUGGCCCUACUGGUAGCACUGGGAUAAGCGGCCCACAUGGUCGAACAGGAGCAACGGGCCCAACCGGGCAAAAAGGAGAGCAGGGUAUAAGUGGACCACAUGGUCCAACUGGCCCGAUUGGAAACAUAGGCCCUACAGGUGCGACAGGGCCUGCUGGACGCACUGGGAUUUCAGGUCCCAUUGGCUUUACUGGACAAAUUGGAGCUAGAGGUCCCACGGGACCCAAGGGAGAAGUUGGGGUUUCUGGAGUCCGUGGCCCUACAGGUGCUGCCGGAUUAAAGGGUGAUAGAGGUGUAUCUGGAGCCACUGGUUCGAUGGGCCCUACUGGACCUUCUGGCGAGGUUACAGAAGACACAGACGAAUGUCUUGUGAACAAUGGCGGUUGCUCCCAGAUCUGUGUGAACACCAUCGGCAGCUUUUACUGUGCUUGUCGUCAGGGAUAUUCCUUAACCCUAGCGGACUUAACAGUAUGGCCCACAGAUACAGAAGCCAGCGGGUGUGCAAGGUUCCCAACCCCAGGAAAUAGGAGAAAACGAGACAUCCCAGCUUCAAUAACAAUAAAGGAUAGUGCAGGCACAGAAUUCGCCGUUAUGUUCAUGGAAAAUCGAGUCGACGAAUAUGAUACAACGCUGGAUCUUGAGCUUUUCAUCGCCCCGGGAUUCAAUGCAACGCCACCUUUCACAUUCAAUAUAUCGUACCACCUCAAUGGUAAUUACAUUGCGCAGUCAAAAGAACUCUUACCCAAUAAAGUUUUAAUGGUCACUAUCCCAUGGGCUAUGAGAAUGCAAGGCACCGCUUUGGAUAAUAAAGGAAUACUGAUACAGUCACAUCAAGAGAUCGUCGUGUACGGCGUCAACAAGCACAAGUUUUCCAAUGACGGUUUCCUUGGUCUUCCAGCCAGUGUGCUGGGUUUGGAAUACUACACUGUCUGCUACUCGCCAGCGACGUACGCUUGCGAGUUUGGCAUAGCUGGUGUUCACGAUGGGACAACUGUGAGGAUAACGCUUCCUGCCAAAGCCUCUCCUCCCGUCAAAGUUGCUUACGCCGGUGUCGAGUACGGUAAUGGCGGAGUCUUCACUGUCACAGUAAACCGAUACUCAAGUUUGGAAAUCCAAAGUGCCAAGGACACCGAUCUGACAGGCACCCACAUUGUGUCCGACAAACCCAUUGCCUUAUUUAGUGGAAACAUCAGGACUGUUGUUGACACUGGGGUAUCAAGGGACCAUCUCGUUGAACAAAUACCCCCCGUUCAGUCCUGGGGUAAAAAUUUCGCCACCGUUCCCAUUCCCCAACGAACCGUCGGGGACCACUUCAAGAUUAUAGCAAGCCAGGCUAAUACCAAGGUAACGCUGAAGAGGUCAGCAAGUGUUGCCGCAGAGAUCUACGAUAUAAAUGACGCUGGCGGUUUCAGGACGCUGAGCAUUGGCUCUUCAGAAUUCACUCAUAUAUCGUCCGACAAACCCAUCCUGGUAGUGCAGUUUGUGAAAAGCCAGAGAAACCCGUCCGAACCUGCAGAUCCAUCCAUGAUUGUCGUCCCUCCAAUCGAGCAGUACUCUUCACAUUAUCGCUUCGCCACUACAUCUUCUGCAACCAGCACCAGCUACACCAACUAUUUCAUGAUGGUCAUUCCGAGGGGAAAGGAGACUGAACUACAACUAAACGGACAGACCAUCCAAGCAACUUGGACUACGAUAGGAGACACGGACUAUCUGGGUGGUUUUGUUACUCUGCCCGCUGGCACUGAAGAGCAGGCCCAGACUCUGAUUCACUCUGACUCUUCUGUUCGUUUCAUGGGUAUUUUGUAUGGCGGUGGAGACAGGGAGAGCUAUGCCUAUCCCAUAGGCACCAAACUUGAAAUUAUCAAUCCGCUGGGAGAGGAACCUGUAGUCACCUGCCACAAUGACGCAAGCGGCUCCUACUGCACUUGCUUGAUGGGAGAUGGUACCUCGUUACCGUUUAAUGGCAGUUAUUGCUUAGAUCAAAACGUUGACUGUGUCGCACGGGAACAAGAAUACACAACGUGUGAAUGCCGCACAACAUAUAAUGUCGUAGUGCCUCUGAAUAUGUCAACUUGUCACAAUGUAAACGAGUGUGCAAGGAUGAAUGGCGGGUGUGAACACUUUUGCAACGACACGGUAGGCAGCUAUUUCUGUUCUUGUCGAGAUGGAUUUCAACUUAGCAGCGAUAUGCACGAAUGCAUAGCGCCACCACCACAAGCCGCGGACGUCAACGAGUGUGCAAUAAACAACGGCGGCUGUUCCCACUACUGUGUCAACACAGUGGGAAGUUACUACUGCGCGUGUCCUAGCGGGUACCAUCUCUCGCGUGCUAAUGUUACAGUGUGGGACAACGAAACUACAGCUGACAAGUGUGAAAUCGCUGCUGCGCCAACUAGGAAAAAACGAUCUGCUUUUUCUGAAAUUGUUACUUUUGUGGACAGCAGUGGGAAGGAUUUUAUGCUGAUGUUCAUGGAAAACCGCAUCGAAUUUCCCAAAAGGAAUCCCCUUGAACUCUGGGUUACCCCCAGUAGCAAGGUCACAAAUAACGUCACGGUGAACGUGAGAACUGCAAUGAGUAGUGUCGUCCGUUCUAUCACUGUAAGCCCUGAAACGGUGAACAAAAUAGACCUUCCAUAUGAAUUAAGAAUGAGCGGAACCAGAAAGACCAACCAAGGUAUUUUGGUAACGGCAAGCGAUGACUUGGUUGUAUACGGUAUCAACAAAGAAGAAUAUUCCACCGAUGGCUUUUUAGGUUUACCAGUCGACGCUCUCGGAGAUGACUAUUUUGUUGUUACAUACGCUCCACCGACUACAAAUUGUGAAAUUGGGCUUGCCGGAGUUCACAACAACACACAGCUCACCAUAAUAUUCCCUGACGACGCCGAACCUCCCGUCUCUGUGUUUUACGAAGGCAUAGAGUACUCCAAUGGAAAUACCCUUCAGACAACCAUCAAUAGAUUCCAGACCAUACAAUUACAAAGCAACAAUAAAGGAGAUCUUACAGGGACAUUUAUUCAUUCAAGCGACCCCGUUUCUGUCUUCAGUGGCAACGUGAGAACUAGCGUAGGCACAGGCGGUUCACGCGACCAUCUGGUUGAGCAAAUCCCACCCAUUCAAUCCUGGGGCAAGCGGUUUGCGACAGUGCCAAUACCAGAGCGUACAAUCGGUGACGUGUUUCGCAUCGUAUCCAGCAAGUCAAAUACUCGUGUUAAUAUUUAUAAAAAUUCUGGCAACCGAGAGGAAGUCAUAGCGAAAAAAGGGGGCUUUGUCGAAAUGAUCUUCAACUCCACGGACUACAGUUACAUCACUGCCAGUGAGCCCAUUUUGGUCGUUCAAAUUGUUCAGAGCCAAGUAAGUUCCACUGCUUCAGAAGAGGCGGAUCCUGCCAUGAUUCUCAUCCCACCCAUUGAGCAAUACAGCAACAACUAUCACUUCGCCACAACCUCUGCCGCCAUAGGGCAAUACCGCAACUUCUUCAUGAUCGUCAUCCCCUAUGCAUACCGUUACAAACUUCUGUUAGACAAGAAGAUCCUCUCCUCCGUACGUUGGACCGAUAUCCCGAACACCAACCCUCCGCUCUCUGGUGGCUAUAUCCAGUUGAACGAUAAUGUUCCCUAUCACAGUCUGACCAAUGUGAACCCUGAAGUGACCUUUAUGGGCAUUCUCUACGGAGCUGGGGAUAGGGAAAGUUACGCCUAUCCCAUUGGCACAAGGCUAGAGAUUAUCAACAGGAUUCCCCUUCCCGUGCAGUGUUUCCAGGACGAAGUCGGGGAGUAUUGCACUUGCCCUGUCGGAAACCGCGUGUUACCAUUUAAUGGCACAUAUUGUAAAGUUUCCGAUGUGCAUUGCUGGCACCCGGAAUACCACGAGAAGUACUGUGCGUGCCAUGUUGACGGGAGAAUCAUCCCACUUAAUAAAAGCAACUGUGAAAAUACCAAUGAAUGUGAGAUAAACAAUGGAGGCUGUGCCCACAUGUGCAAUGAUACGGUGGGGAGCUAUUUUUGUCAGUGCAAGGAUGGGUACAUGCUGGCAGCGGACAGACACUUAUGUCUGGCAGAGGACCGCUGCGGCAUGGAAAGAGGAUUGUGUCAGGUCCGUUGUGUCAACGUGUAUCCGGGGUCAUAUAAAUGCGAGUGUGAUCCGGGCUACGAACUAGCACAAGAUAAUUUUACGUGCACAGAUGUCAAUGAAUGCCAGCUAAGUUAUCCUUGCCAGCAUAAAUGUAAGAACGUUGUUGGAAGUUUUAGCUGCGAGUGUGAUACAAAUGGUUUCAGGUUGAAUGUCGAUGGCAGGUCGUGUGACGAUAUCAAUGAAUGCAACGAAAUUCCUGGCGUAUGUGGCAACGGCACAUGCGAGAACAAGUAUGGAAGUUUUUAUUGUUCAGAUCGUACGAGUGGUGUAAGAGCUCUACCAAGUAGGCAGGCUUCUGGGCAGAUGGGAAUAGAUUCGACAGACCUUGGCCUGUGGCUUACCAUCAUUAGCGGAGGGGUGGGCGUGGCACUAAUGGCCGUCCUCGUUAUCGUUAUAACACAAUGUAGGGCAAACGCCCGAGGUAACAAGUCCGAGAGGCUGGAGGAAGGAGAUCACCCAAGCACGUCAGGAGAAGUGUUCCCAAGAUUUAGUCACCCAGAGCGCGAGGAAAGCAGUAUUCGAUAUGAUCAACCAACGACGGACUCGGAGUCUGGCUCUCGUCAAGCUGAUUGCAGACUAUGACUGUACAAACACAUAUUAUAUAAUUAAUAAAUAUAUAUAUAUAUCAUGUCCUGUUACGUUGUUAAAUACAAUAUCCAAUAUUGAAAUGAAUAUUUAUUUGUCUUUUGACACCUAAGUUGAGAAUUGCUCGAAUAAAAGUCCAUAAAAUGAAAAUUAAAACCUAUCCAGUUUCGAAGUACAUGUAGGUUCAAAGCCUACGCUUUGAUUUUUCUCAUUAAAAAGCAUGGAAUAAAUUUUUGGACUUUCA